UACCUUUAUAAUAACUCCUACCACAUCACAAUGACACUGACUUGACCCCGGAGUUCCCAAGCAAAACAUGGCUGAUUGUCAAAAGAUGUGAAGGGGAAUUGUCACUUUAAUUUGUACAUAACUGACUUUUAGUGUUACUUAGAAUAGUUUUACACAAGGUUCACCAUGUCUACUGACCCGGCUGCCUUUGUGGCCGGCGUCCCCGUCAAGAUUAGUGAGAGAUUCCGCCCGCCGAGAAGAAUUACAAUCCCUGCAUCCUGUCAGUACCAGAUCAACCCUGACCUUCUAACACAAGAUUAUGACUUUGCUAUAGAAAAGACAACACUGAAGUGGGUUCAGGAGAGAGUAAGUAGAAGAGAAAAAGAGGAAAAUGAAAGGAAGGACAGAAUAGCUGAAUAUGAGAAGAAAAAGGCAGAAAGAAAGGCCAAGGAGGAGGAAGAGAAAUUGCGCAAAGAAAAAGAGGAAGAGGAACGACAAAGAAUACUAAAGGAAGAGGAGGAGAAGAAGAGAAAAGAGGAAGAGGAAAGGAGAUUGGAGGAGGAGGAGAAGAAGAAGAAGACAGAAGAGGAAGAGCAAAAUCAAGAACAAUCAGAUGAAGCGGAAGGGGAAAAUCUCGACGAAAACACCAACACUGUAGAGCCAGAGGAAAACGGAAAUGAAAGCCCAAAUGAGACACCGCCAGGCAUGCAGGAGAAUGCAAAUAAUGAUCAGCAACAAUCACAACAGCAGCAGCAACAGCAACAACAACAACAGCAGCAACAACAGCAGCAACAACAGCAACAGCAGCAGCAACAGCAGCAGCAACAGCAGCAGCAGCAGCAAACAAAUAUUCACCAGCUACAGCCAGGUUUAGUGAAGUCGGGCAUGGGAACCAACUUUUAUCGAAAUGAUGCACUUUACAAUGCAAAUCCCUCAUUUGAAUCUGAUACGAGCAUGGCAUAUCCAGGUAUGUUGCAACCCACUCCUAUACCUUCUCAGAAGAACAAUCUUAGGUCACCUCUCAAAACUCCUGCAGAUAUUAACUUUGCAGAGUUUGAAGGUGAGGGUAAUGAUCCCUUUGACAGUGCUGCACUGAAAUCAAUCAAUGACAUGGAGGAGCUGGCAAAGGUCCUUGAUUCCACCAAUAUGGGGACUGGGUCACAGUCAUUGGAGCGAAACACAGUUUCAAAACAAAAUUCUUCCGAAGAUAAAAGAACCAUUCCUACAACAUAUCCUAAUGGCCAGGUGGCUUACAAUGCCUAUGGCCAGUACCCAUAUUAUUUGCAGCAACAGUUACAUCACACUGUGCCUCAGCCAGGGCAAAAUUUUGGGCAGUACGCAGGUCAUUUAGGAAAGAAUUCUCCGGUAACGUCUGCUGCAUCACCGGUGCCUUCUUACAAUAAUAGUCACCAGUAUGGGGGAGGACCUGACAGGUCAUUCCAAAAUACUUAUUACCCACAGCAGUGGAACAAUAGUUAUAGUGCUGGUAGUCCUAAUAAAGGUGCUCCAUUUGGUCCAUAUGAUUAUCGCCUGCAAGCCAACAAUAGUGUUCCAAGCACAUCACAGGGUGUGCUAAGUCCAAGUAACAUUACUGGGACUGUGACUGCAGCACCCACAGUGCCAGUGUCUAUGAGUAGUGGUCUGUCAAAUAGCUCUACAAUAGAAAGAGGAACAGUUGGCAAAAGGCAAGACCUUGAAGAUUUCUACACUCGAUACUAUUCUCCAAACAAAUCAACAGUGACUCAGGUCCAGCAGUCUGGUGUCAGGUCUGGGGACUCAACACCAAGCCAUAGCAGUAGUUCUGGUGCUUUAGGGUCAACCACAGGGUCGUUACGGUCCUGUCGAAGUGUUCCAGAUUUGAGUGCUGCUGAGGAUUCUGAAGUCACGUCUUACAGUAAUAGGGUUCCAUCAGUAGGGGAAGGUCGAGGAUUUUCACACACACCUCCACCACGACCCUCAAGCACAGGACUCAGUGGGUUGGAGGACUGGAAGCCACUUCCUGACCUUCCAAGUACGCCUGAGACCUCUCCUGCUCAGCAUUCCUAUCAGCCUGGACUCUCACAGACGACGGCAGGAUCCCAUCAGUACACGCCAACAAAGACACGUCUCCCAGAUCCCUUCAUUGAGCUAACAGCUGAUGCCCAGGCUUUAGUACAGAGUAUGGCAGAGAUGGGUUUUCCACGACCAAGGGUUGCCAGAGCUGUUCAGAAACUGGGCACUGAUCAUAAGAAGCUUAUUGAGGUUCUUCUGGUAUUGCAAAAUCUCCAGGACGCUGGAGAAGAUGAAUACAAGGCAGAACGUGCUUUUUACCACUAUAUGGGGGACUUGCAAAAAACGAAAGACCAUUUGGCAGCAGCAAAGCAGCUGUGUGAUCUAGGUUUUGAGGAUGAAAGAAUAGUUGAUGCUCUCUUAAAACAUGAUAACGACAGAGACAAGGCCCUGGAAGAGCUCAUAGCCUAGAGUCCACCAGUGUCUUCCUUUUAUAUACCACAUUGUGAUGAGGUCAGCUGAGUUUUACUAGCCAUAUUGUGUGUGCAAGUGUAGAGAAUGUAAGAUUUUGAGCCACAGAUUAGGUUUAUGAUAAUCCUAAUGUUUUUGGUCAUUGUCUUUAUGAAGAAGCCUUUUUCAAGAACAUGGUUGUUCACUAUCAAUGUUAGAAUGUUUCUAAUAUAUUUUUUAGAAAUAACUUUCUUUUCUUCUUUUUUUUUUCAAAGAAAAAAAGUUAAAGAGUAGUAUUUUGUAAUCUCAAAAUCAUACGAUUGAAUCACUACCCAUUCAUAGCUAAAGAACACUUGAUAAUGUGAUACAAAAGUUACAAGACCGAAGUAUCCUUCUAAACUUAUUGUUUAUAAGUGUUUCUCUCAAAAUUUGAUCCAAAGACUGCCAGAUCUUGAAGACUGGAAAGAACUAGAAUGAUCAUGUGUAAACCAUCAUACCGUCUGUUGGGAUUUAUGAUGGACUACAUGCAGUUAAUAACUAACCAAAGAAAAGGGAAGGAUAUCCAUGAAGAUGGCUUGAUAAAGUAUCUGUCCCUUAGGUUACAAAGUAAUCAUCUAUCACAAAUUUGUUUUAUUGUAAAUCCUCAAAAAAAAUUAUUUGAAUGUAUAAGAACCUUGUGAAGAAGUAAUGUACAAGUGGGAACCACAUGCAUCUGGAAGUUGAUGUUUUAUAGGGUCGUAGCAGAAAAAUAUUCAGAUUUCUAUCCAAUUAUCAAGGUUAAAUAAUGUUCCUAGCAUUUUGUGACUUACCUUGAUUUAACUGAUAUUAUGAAAAAUAACAAGUAGAUUUUCCUUCCAUGGAAGUUUACAUCAUGGAGGAUCUCAUCUUACAAUUAGGUACCGAUGACUUGCUUCCACAUAUUCUUUGUCCAAGAAAGUAUUACAGUAGGACAAGCCUGAGAACUGGUUGAGAAGAGUUUGAAUGCAAUAUCAAAAAUAUCCAUAAUCUAACACCAUAAGGGUACAUUGCUAGAAAAGCAUGAAGCAAAACGGCAAGUGAUUGAUUUAUGCAUUGCCUGGCAGCCUUUGAAUAUGGUUGGGAGUGCUGAUUAUAUGUUAAAGGGAUCUUCUAAUCUAAAAUGUUGGAUUGUAUAGUUAGUAAGGAUGGACUGGAAUCAAGAUAUGUGCCAUUACUAGAAUGUAAAAUACAUGAUAUUGGAAAAGGAAUAAUGGUUGCACAUUGGACACCAUUUUGGGGAAAAAAAGAAGCAAACAGUUUGUUAGAGACGGAGAGAGUAAGAAAUAGGAAGCCAGAGCUGUACGUUUAUGUUUGUGUUUGUGCGCAUAUGCAUAUGUGUGUAUGUUUCACUUUUUCUAGGACUUGUCACAAACAGUGCGGGUAAUUUGUGUGUAGGGUAAGUAUUAUACAUAAUAACUGCUUGAAAUGUAGUUUCCACUCCUAUUUCUUGUAUUAAGAAAUGGGAGUGAUGAUGAGAAGGUUCCAGUAAGAUUAUGAAGUAUGAAUUAGUCAAGGACAUGGUAUCUUGUAACUUCUAACACUUGUCAUGUCAUCAGCUGGAGAAUGCUUGUAGCAUUAACAUGUUUGUAUUUGUUCUUAGAAGUAAAAAGAUUAAAUGAUAAAUCACAUGGUCAUUCAGUCUCUUUUUUGAAUAAAUGAAAUAGAGGUUGAUUUAGAAUCUUUUCCACACUCAUCUUUUUUAUCGUCUUGCAGCUGUGAUAGAUCCCCCACCCCACCCCAGAAACCAAGUUUCAACCAAAAAUUACAAAAAAAAAUAUAUAUAUAUAAAUGAUUUGAGAUGCAAUAUUCUGGUUAAGACUGAAAAGUUAGGUUGAUAGAAUGUCAAGACAAAGAUUUUUUUUCAAAAAUAGCUAUCAUAUUCCUGUUCUUCAUAUGUUAAAAGUGUCCUCCACCUACCUUCUUGAAGUUUCAUUUAUCAGAUACAGUGUCUGGAAAUGUGAAAUAUUCUACUAUUCCCUUUUUCACUUUCUUUAGAGAAAAGGUUACUUGGUUAUCCAUUGCAGAGUGCAGUUGAGAUCACUUCAUGUUCACCAUCAUCAUUGUGCCAUGUAAUAAAGAAAACAGUAACACUAAUCUACAGAUUUAAUUAUCCUAAAGUCUUGUGUGCUUAUAUAUUAGCAUAGAAUCUUGGUAUUUCUUCCCUUCCAUAUUUCAGCUCAAAAAUAUUCUUUAACCCAUUGGCAGCAGUUACAUGUACUGUCUAAAGUGGUUUUGUUUUAUUGAUUUUGUUAAUACUCAGGUGGCAUCACAGGUGCUUAUUCACCAAGAAGUUACCAUCUGAAAGCCUACCUGGUCUUAUCUGUUUAGACUCAUUCCUUGAAUUCUCAUUAACCCAAUGCUGAUGAGUGAAAAAAAUCCCUGAGAAUUUUAAACUCUGGAGAUUUCUGGCAGCGUGCAGACACUGGGUGUGGGAGUCCACUACAUCAAGCCGAAUGUCCUGCUUGUAUGCGCUGGCGUGUCGCCGCACAUAAGACAUAACCCACAGACCGAGCUGUUUGUCAUGACGUUAGUGGGUGUGGCGCGUCUGCAUUGGGUUAACCCAUUGCCGCUGGGGAAAAUGAAUAAAAAAUGGUGAAAAUGCUGUGCUCAUUUUUAUAUUAUUUUGUGAAAUGUCUCUACACAUAGAUGGCUCUGCUGUACCUGAUUUCACCUUUCCUUGAAUUGGCAGGAAAAUGUAUUUUUUACAAGUGCUCUGAAUAUCGAUGGUUUUAUUUAUAUUAUAAACAUUAUAAUUACUAUGAUUUUAUAAACAUUAGUAAUAGCAAAAUAAGAUAACGUAAAAUAUUUUGGAAAAUUAAAGAAAAGGGUGAACAGGCGUGACGAGCAGUACUCGUAACUGGUUCAUUGGUGACUUAGUACAAGUAUAGCCAUCUAUAUGUAAAAACAAUUAAACAAGUAAACUCACAGUGGGCAUGACAUGGCAUGCCCGUCGGCAAUGGGUUAAGAAUGCUUAUAUUUCUAUUGUGACUUUCAUUACUAAUUUUAUUAUUUUUGUUAUCAGUAUGGUUAUAUGAAAACUUUUCUUUCUCAUGAUUCAAGGAAUGGGGCAUAUGGGGAUUGUCAGGAAGUGAUGAUUAACCCCUGGAGUACCACUUGUCACGAUCAUAACAUUUCACAUAAUGUGCAGGCAUUACUGUUUGUCACAACCUUGCAAAACCUGCUCUAAACCGGCAAGCUUUUUUCAUACUCAAUUUGGCAAGUUUUCCUCCAGUUACACCCAUGAUAUCACCUUGUAGGCCCUCCACUCCCAAAGCCAAUCAUAUGGUUGCAUUUUCCUGCCUGAGUUUUCUUGUAAAUGGAAUGUAGUUGGUGUGAAUUAGUUUUCCUACUGUACAGGAUAUUUCAUUCAGCCAAGCCUCUAUCAUUUCCUCUCCCACCAUUUUCCCUUCCCCCAUUCUCCAAACCACAGCACAUCACAGUUGUUUCAUGGUAUAUCAUGUUUUUUUUUUACUGUACAAUCUUCUAGAUGCUUACAAAUACAUCUAAACACAUAUUCUAUUGUUUUCUAUGAUAUGAAUAUAAUUUUAUUGUCC